AUGGAUGGUGACAGUGAUGAAAUAAAGGAGCAGCUGAGGCUUCAGUUUCAAGCUCUUCAAGAGCAACAAGUGCAGCGCAUCCAGAGAAGACUGGAGAUGAAAAAGACGGACUCAAACGCUCCUCCUCUCAGCGGUCUGGACAAUAUAAACUUCACAGAAGAGGAUGAUGACAUGAUGGGUCUAUUCAAUGCAAGAGUGACGCAGAAUGAAAACAAACAGCUGCACGAUCAUGUGAGGGAGCUGAGAGAUGAGAACGGCAGACUCCAUAAACUGCACAGUGAGAAAGACUUUGAGAUUAAACACCUGAAGAAGAAGAGAGAGGAGGAAAGAUUGGCUUUAGCAGGUACUGCUGGUCUGGCAGGAGAUGCAGGAGCAACCAAAAUUGUGGAACUGUCAAAAAAGAAUCGAGAAUUAGCAGCUGAAAUAGAACGAGAGAAGACCAAAACGAAACAAGCAAACAAUCGAGUCAAAGAACUGGAGAAAGAGCUUCAGGCCACAUUGUUACUUAAUCCUGGCAAGAAGACAACCAAAACGCAGGAUUCAAGGACUGUGAACGACCAUCUUGAAAACAGCCCCAUAGUAAAAUCCCUGCAGGAGAAACUAUCUACAGCCCAACUCAAAAUGACUGAAUACCGCAACCAGAUCCAGACCUGUAAACAAGAGUUAAAAAUAGCACACAGGGUGUUGAGCUGUGAGGUGGGCGAGGACGUCAAUAUUCAGCAGAUACUGUGUAACCCGGGAGGCUGGAGAGGCCGUUCUCAGCAGAUCCUCGCCCUUCAGAACAGAAUGCGAGACCUGGAACAGCAGCUGAGCCAGUCCUCUCACAGGAAGCAGUUAUGUGACCUCGGCCUGGAGGAGGAGAUCACAGGAACGGGAGGCCUACUGAAGACUCAAGACAGAAACCUCAGCCACAUCCGUCACAUAGAGAGGGAGAGGAAGGAGACACUGGAGAAGCUCACAGUGGAUUAUGAAGUUCUUCUUGAGGAGCACUCAGACACGAAGAAGAAACUGGAGGCCUCUAAAUCCAGGAACAAAGUGUUGAGCACAGAAGUCAAAGCCCUGAAGAGCCAGAUCAGCACUCUGCUGGAUAAAGGCAAACAUGACGAUGAGCUGGUCGAUGCCUUAUUGAAGCAGCAGGCGAAGUGGCAGGCCAUGCUCGGGCAUCUAAGUCAGAAAGGGUCCCAGCGUGAGGAGGCUCAGCAGGGCCUGGAGCGACAUCUGCACAGCGAGGCCCAGCAGCACGCCUCGCUCGUCCAGCAGCUCAAAGCCAUGGUCUCAGAGAAGGAGAACAAGGUCAAAGAGCUGGAGCAGGAGAUCCAGCAACUCGCCCUCAUGAAGCAGUCAGAGUGUAAGAGUCAAACUAACAUCAGGCCUUCGACAUCACGACAUGAGAACAGCAGGGAGUCAAACUCUGCCAGAGAUGCACAAGCAGCCUGUCCAGAGUGUGCUGUUAAAAUCCCAGCGCUCCAGGCUCAGUGUGCGGAGUAUAAGGCUCUUUAUCAAGCUGCCAGUGUGGAGAGAGACAGACUGCUGGAGCUGACCAAAGUGCAGCAAACCAGUGAAGAAGAGGCGAAGCGCCAGUGUGCAGAAGCUGAGCAGAAACUCAGACUGGAGUGGCAGCGUUCAGUCUCACUGGAGCAGCAGCUGGAGAAAGCCAAACUGGACUUAAGGAAAGAAGCGAGUCUGCAAACGUCUAAUAGGAGUAGAACAGGAAGCUCAGGCAGCACUCUGAGUCUCCCUGACAAACAGGAGGGUUCGUCUCCCAGAAGCCCCUCUGAUGUCACCCGUGAUGCACAACUUGGUGAACUCAAAGCACGGUUGGCACUGCAACUAGAAGAAAAUGAAUCCUUGAGAACUGCUCUGAAGAACGCCUUGAAGGAAAAGAAAGAAGGCUUGCAAUUCUACAAGGACAUGCUGGCCCAAGCAAAACAGGAAUUCCAGCAUGCCCACAGAAAGCAUGAGCAGGGGACUUAGACUGGACU